AUGACAGCAGAUGAGACAUCGCUUCAGUCCCUCACGGGUCUUUUGACGGAGUUCUUUUCCAGCUCAAUCAAACCAGAGCGCCGUACAGCAAUUCAAGAAAUCUUACUUGAUUUUGAACGGACUCCCUCUGCCUGGCACUCAUCACUAUAUUACUUGUUUUCUAGUUCAGAUCAGUACGUCGCUCUCUAUUGUCUUGGCGUCGUGGAGGCUGUGGUUCGCAAACGUUGGAGCUUGUUAGAUACCGAGCAACAAGCAGAAUUGCUUCGCUUGGUUCAAUUCUAUUUAUUUCAGCGGACUACAAUCGAUAAUCCACAUUUCUUGAUUAAAAAGGCCGCAAAAAUUAUUGCCUCAAUCGCCAGUCUCGACUGGCCGCAUGACUAUCCCAACUUUUUGGACGACGUGAAGACAUUUAUUAGUGAAAAUCUUAAUGUUGGGAACUUCUCCAAAGUUACCAUAGGCCUCUUCAUCCUGCGUGUCUUUGUAGAACAACUGCUCGAUCCUCAUGAAGUUGUUACCUAUCAGCGAAAACGACAAUUACGCGAACUUUUGGUGGCGCAGGCGCAUUUCCUUUAUGGUCUCCUAUUACAAGUAAUCUCCAAACUCUGUGGGGAAGAUGUGUUAACUGCAACAUACACUCUCUUACGCAACCAGACUAUAACUCAGCUCGACUCCUCAGUGUCUUCCCUUUGGCAUUCCAUUUUUCAGUUAGCAGAAUCUCUUGUUGUUGAUCUCGCUUCGCAGUCUAGUCUCCGAUGUUUGACAAUCCUUGCCUGGCUCGAGUGCUUUAGUGAGCUACUCAGAGUCUUCCCACUUGAUACGGACUAUCAAAUUGGUAUCUACGCAGCUUUGUAUGUUUGUUCACUAGUUGGGUCACCAGCGUUCAUCCUGGCCUGCACUUCGGAGCAGCCGGUCAGCUCUCAGUCAGCUACUACCGAUCCGUCUGUCUUUCUGACGCGCAUUGGUCUUUGUGCUCUUUCCUGCAUUCAAGAGAUUGUUGAACGAAAAGAUUUGUCAGUUGAAUUGAUGUUGAAACAACUUUGGUUUGUAUUUCCUAUUGUGCAGUCCAAUUUAAGCUUGAGGACUGGUGACAUGGUACUCCCGUACUGUAACGCUGAGGCGGGUAAGCGAUCGGGUGGCGUGAAAGGGUUUUGCCAGGGCCAACUGUGCGAACCGCAAAGUUGCCAUAAUUCGGUGGACUACACGAUGAAGCUGGUCGAUAUUCUACGGUACUUAAUGGCUAAUUUUUUCUUCCAAAUAUCAGACAAUGUUUUUUCUCAUGGAGCGACGUCUACCUUCGACCCAAUGCGUUUUCUAGGACUUCUUCACGACUUUACUUUUGCCUCUUUAGACUUGGAUGCUUUUUUGGCUUGUUUACACAUGUGGUCAUCAUACCUUGAUUUUGCGCGCAUGCGAUACCUUCCUCAGGGUGGUGGCGUAUCCAGUCUGGCUUUACCGAAUGGACUCCGAGCCACUUUUAUUGGGUUCGGGCGCACGCUACUCUGUCGGUUAUUCUACAGUGAUUCCGCCAGAUUUCUGGAAUCUUUGGAUGAUGAAGGUUCAUAUACGUUUGAACAGCUCCCGUCACUUUCUUUUCCUCAGUGUGGCUCCGAGGAUCCGUUUUUCAUCUUUCUCGAUGAACCCGCCCAAGUUGCUCCGGAAUCAAAUGACUACUCCUCGUUCAUACGAGAAAGCUUAACUACCCUCAAUAUUGCCAUCGGCUUAGUACCAGAGGAACUGAUGAACUGCGUUUUGGGACGAUAUUAUAACUCCUGGAAUGACUACAUUUCAUUCAUUCAGUCAUCCGAGCUGCUUUCUUUGAAUCGUUUCAUUCUUCCCUGUGAAACACCGCAACAGUCAAUGCGAACCCACUGGAUACUCCGUGACUACGCGACCAGCCUCCAGUUGGUCGGGUUCGUGCUGGAACACCUUCGAUUUUUUCCACAGAAGCCUGGCGAGGCGGGAGCCAGUUCAGAAUUUCUACAAUCCUUAAUUUACGGUCUACAAAUUGCACAAAGACUGCAUGGUUUCUUACCUUCCGUUGAGGACGAACGACUGCGCCUAGACCUAAUUGGCGUCCUAGUUCAUAAUCUACUGACGCUUCAGGCCAUCAUAGCAGGAAACUACUUGUGUUGUGAGUCCGCUUUGUCAGACGCACAAAUUUGUGAUAAGUUUAUUUUGUCAACCUCUCAGCGGGAUUCAAUGGUUUCGGAAGUUUUUUCUAUCCUUGAACAGUUCAUUUUGUCACGGUCGAAACUUUCUUCAAUUCAGCUUUGUGCUGCGCGUCUUUUUAAUGCAUUUUGUGCCUACCCUGUUCUGUAUCCCUCCCUUUCAAAUGCUCUGGAAUCUCCACCACAAGUAAAUGAGGCCAACACAAAUAAGCGCCAAGCCUUACUUGUCUUCCGGCGUGUUUUUGAUUACAUCUGUGAUACAGACAGACGAACCUCUUUGCCAAGGGAUGUUCUUCGUUUUUUGCUGCGGACUUUUAUCGGCUACUUUAGCUGUGAUCCGAACUCGUUUUCCAAUAUUCAAGCCUCAUCACCUCCAGAUGACAAACCCAAUUUUUUCCAACAGUUCAUAACGUCUGUAUUCUUCCCAUACCUUAGUCCCACUGAAAUGCAACAGCACCCUGAAUCACAUCUUGUCUAUUUGGGUCUUUUGGAUGAUUCCGUGCGUGAACUCGAGUCAUCGGGUGCCAGUAGUCGGCGUGCAAUGAAUACUGUCCUACAAUGUUCAGGUGUAUUGGACGCCAUUGUGACCUGUACAACGAACGCCUUGGAAUUUCCAACAACCAACAAAGACUCUGAUUUUAUGCGACUAAAAUUUUGCACGGCAUAUUUGACUUUCUUUACUACCUAUAUACGGACGCUCUCCCAAUUCGGUACUACCAAAGCAUCGAUACCCGAACUGCUGUGUCGUGUCGUUGGAUCCCUCGAUUCAGCAACUGGCUCUGGCUCCAUCCCCAUUCCAUUAAUCGAUUGCCUGUUGGAUAUUUUUCUACAAUUGUCACAAAAUAGACGGACAUUUUCGCUUUUGAUUGGUGACCUUCUUGGUUUCUGUCAACGUCGUAUCCUGAUAGGAAUUGGCGCAAAUGAAUCCGUCCCACCCGAAGGAAUAGAAGAUUUGACAAGGUCGGUGUGUAAUGCUGCUCAGAACAAUGGUUCAUCAAUGGAAAAACUUGUGAAACUGUUCGUCGCCAUGUUGAUUGAUGGCUUUCCCUCCUUUUUCUCUCAGAAACGUGAUGACCCCUCGNACUUGUGAGUCAGUAUCCACCCGCCCAUCUGGAUGGACCGAAUGGCAGCCAUUUAUCUGAUCAAAAGUCAACCGGUGUAGUUGUGUACAUAUUUUCCUGCACGUUUAUUUUUUCUCUUUAUCCUCAUUCCGAUGUGGCAUUUUUCCCACUCUCUCCUGGUACUUUUUUUCCAUUGCAACGACUAGCUGUGUUUCGGCACAGCUUUCUGCUUUUCGAACUCGUAUGUUCGUUUACUCUUUCUAUUUUUUGUGUGUGCAAGGCCAAUUCGCAACA